AAUCGGCGAUCGAAUCGUGCCGAACUGGACGAAGAAGCACUGUUGCAUCAACGCCCCUCUCAGCCAUCAACUCUAUUCGAUUUCAUUCAGCAGUCAGCCGUACCGGCAACUUCGGAUUCUGCACCGACGAAUCUAAAAUCUGAGGCUAUCGCGCCCACGAAACCGUAUCCGCAACAAUUUGGAAAGCCAAACACAUCAUCGCCUCCUCCGUUAUCGGCAUCCAGAGGUGGCGUUCGAGGAGAUGGUGGUGGACCGGGAUAUGCGAAGAAUUUUGGUCGUGGUUUUAGCAAUCGCGGAAAUUCCAGAGGAUUCACGGCUAAUCGCGGAAACAGAGGUGGUGCGCAGAUGUCAAAUUCCAACCGAUCGAGGGGAGGGUAUCAAGGGAGUCGUGGUCGACGGGACGUGACGAGCGCGAAUGCGUUCAGUGGUUCACCACAAAAUGAUCGUUUCGUGCUGAACAACGAUGGCUCAUUCCCACCGUUGAACCCACAAAAUCAGAAGCAGUCAUCCGUGAACACAAUUACUAAUGGUAUGUCCGGCAUGGACCUGAACACAAAGUCAUCAACAUCCAAUUCUGCUGCAAUGGACAGAUCGACCUCAUCAAAUCGUUACACAAACAAACCGUAUGAUACGUACAGUAACAAUAAGCCAUCAUACAACGACAAUAUCGGUGCCAGUAAUAGACGUGGUAAUGAUCGAUUCAAUAACGAUGCGAUUCCAUCGAGCAAUCAGCCAUUAACUUACACGAAAACGAAUUCGAAUUAUCAAUCGGCUGGAACGAGGUAUGAACAAGGCCAGCAGUCUCAACCACAACAACGGAUAUUGCAAUUUAAUCGUUCAUACAACAACAGUCACUAUAAUUAUGGUCCACCGUCGUCGUCACCAAUGCCAUACAACGGAGGGCAGAAGUCGAAUUCACCGAAAUUUUCCACCAGAACGGGACUACCAAUCUGGAAAGUUGGUGACAAGUGUUUGGCACCAUGGAGCGAUGGACAGGUAUGA